GAUACCUCCCGCCAUUGCCGUUGUCUAGUAGUCACUAGUACUCUUCAAAACCGAUCGCCAUUUCAGGAUUCCUCGGCAUCACCAACCACCAUGCCGAUAGUUCUACUUCCACUUCCACUUCUGAUCUCUGUUUUUCAUUUCCUGCCAGUUUCCUUAUUCCCCGCCUUGUCCACAAUCGGAGUUGGAUUCAUUUCGCUGCUUCUUGAAAUUCAGGGUCGCUAGAGGGCGCCUGCGCUUGUCCAAGUUGCUGCGGCUUUGACUUUCAAUCUGUCUCUAAGUAACUUGGCUGGUCGGUUUUUACAUGUUUCUGUGUCAGUACAGAGGAUUUUUUUUCUUUGAAGAUGGCGCAGCGGUAUAGCUUUGUCCGAUGCUGGGAAGUUUAGGAAGUGAAGGAACUCUUGUGUACUUGUAGUCUGCUUCUAGUCUCUAUUUUGAAUGUUCAUCUUUCUCGCGGUUUUUGAACGUUCAUUGUUUCGAGGACAAAUGUAGUGGGGAUUUUGCUUAGUGAUCAGUAAUCAUCGCGCGUUCAGGAGACACAUGGAUGCUGAAAUUUUAAUUGCUGGGGGUAACGGGAGUGGAUUUUAGCUGGCUUGCACUGAUCUCUAAAGCACUGGUGUGGUGCACACGAUUGUUGGGAUAAAACAGGCCUGUAACCUCGUAUUCAAAGGUGCAUGAUUGUUUCAUUUUGGAUUCAAUAGCAUCUGGACCAAUUAAAGCUCGUUGCAGUCCAUACUCGACUGUGGUCGGGAUGGGAGUGUCCAUGAAAGGAAUAGAACAGAAUCCUGUUGUCUACGAUCUUGUGUUCUGAAAUGGCUUUUCAACGCAACAAAGCUGAUGUCAAGAUUCUUCAUCUUCUUUCUCCGAGAUUUCUUUGUAGCAGAGAUUUUCAAACCCAGAAUCACUCAAAUCGAUCAGUCAAAUCCAUGGCGGGAAGCGGCUCGUACGAUUGGGCGGACCAGUGGGAUUACAGCGACUCGAAGGACGUAGUCACGGAGAACAAGAAGAAGAGCGGCGGCGGAAACACUACGACUAAGUAUAAACAGAAGGUCGGCGAAGGCCUUGGGAAGACCAAAGCUGUGGCCUCCAAUGGCGUCAAAAAGGUCAAAGAAGGAACCUCUCUUGGCUUCCAAUGGAUCAAAGAUAAAUAUAACAAAACCGCUCAUAAGAAGUAGAAAUCCUUCGUAUUCUACUCCUCUCUUGCUCUUUGGUUUUCCUUCUCUUAUCAUCAUCGUCUCCAUAGCUUAUCUUUGAGCUGUAUAUCUUGUUUUUUCUAUUUCUUCGUCUGCUGGUUAUAUAUAGAUACAGAUACACCAUAGAUUAUUCUUUUGUUAAUAUGAUUUGAUCUCUGUUCGUCUC